AUGGAAAACUCAUCCGGAACGGGCAUGUUUCAGUCCAAAAUAUCGAAAGAGAAUGACUUGCUCUUGGGAACUGUCUACACCGUCUUUGGUGUGCUGUCUCUGAUGGGAAACACCACUCUGUUGUUUGUAGCCUAUCGUAAGAAGUUGUCUCUAAAGCCUGCCGAGUUUUUUAUCAUCAACCUCUCCAUCAGUGACCUUGGCAUGACCAUCUUCCUCUUUCCCUUCGCUAUUCCCUCUGCUUUUGCUCACAGGUGGUUGUUCACGGAGGUCAUGUGCAUGUGUUAUGCCUUCUGUGGAGUUUUGUUUGGUAUCUGCAGCCUCAGUAACCUGACCGUGUUGUCUUGUGUGUGCUGGCUCAAAGUCUGCUGCCCCAACUACGGUAAUAAGUUCUCCUCGUCCCAUGCGCGUCUGCUGGUGGUUGGGGUGUGGUGUUACGCUGCAGUGUUUGCAGUAAGUCCACUCUCAGGCUUGGGUCAGUACGGCUCAGAGCCUUACGGCACCGCCUGCUGCAUCGACUGGCACGCACCCAGCUACAACAUACCUGCAAUGAUCUACAUCGUCUGCCUCUUCUUCUUCUGCUACAUCGUCCCCUGCGCCAUCAUCAUCCUCUCCUACACGCUCAUCCUGGUGACGGUCAGAGGGGCCCAGCAUGCAGUGCAGCAGCACGUCGCUCCUCAGAACAAAAUCUCCAACGUGCAGACACUUAUCGUCAAGCUGUCAGUGGCGGUGUGUAUUGGAUUUCUGAUGGCGUGGAGCCCGUAUGCCGUGGUAUCCAUGUGGGCGGCCUUUACUGAUCCAGACUUGGUACCUCCAAUAGCGUUUGCCCUGGCGGCCAUGUUUGCCAAGUCAUCCACCCUCUACAAUCCAAUGGUCUACCUCGUCUUUAAGCCCAGCUUUCGAAAAUCCCUCUGCCGGGACGCCACAAGAUGUAGGAGAACACUCUGUGACUGCAUAUGCCAGACGGACAGCCAACAAAAAAACACAACAAGCCUUUCAAAACUAAACACAAAGGAUAAGUGUAACCUCACGUGGGUCUCUAAUGGACUGAAUGAGAGCCACCAGUCAUGCAGACAUUGUCCAGAAGGACAAACAGGGCAUUACCUGGACAUCACCCCUCAAAGGACAGCACGCAUCCUCAUCGGCUCCGCUCACAGUGAAGUGGCAGUGAGCCAACUCUCCAAUGAAAUCAACAGUGACUUCCUUUAGACCAUGAGGAACUGACCGUAGCAAAAACUAAAAAAAAUUGCCUUAAAGUCUCAUAUUAACUAGUAUUCCUUAUGCAAGAGGAUAUUACUUGACUUUUUAAUUAAGCAAAAAAGAGCUUUUGGCUACCUGGUAACUCAAAAUACCAAGAAACAUUUGAUUUGGCAGCAAAAUUACAUGGGAAACUUCAACUUGACAUGCCACUGUCAAAUAAUAGUUAAAUAGUUCAUCCA